UCGGAGGCUUCCGUAGAGGGUGGGAGAAAGAUGGCGGCAGCGACUCUAGAACGCUUGGGUGCGUUAUGGAUGCAGAAUCUGCAGGGGAAGCUGGCCUUGGGGCUUUUUUCAUCUCAGAGUGUUUUACCCCAGUCACACAUCCACACAAGUGCUUCUCUGGAUGUUUCUCGAAGAUGGGAGAAGAAGAAUAAAAUUGUUUAUCCUCCACAACUGCCUGGAGAACCUCGGAGACCAGCAGAAAUCUACCAUUGUCGAAGACAAAUAAAGUACAGCAAAGACAAGAUGUGGUAUUUGGCGAAAUUGAUUCAAGGAAUGUCCAUUGACCAGGCUUUGGCUCAACUGGAAUUCAGUGACAAGAAAGGCGCCCAGAUAAUCAAAGAGAUUCUGUUAGAAGCACAAGAGAUGGCAGUGAGAGACCACAAUGUGGAAUUCAGAUCCAAUUUAUACAUAGCUGAGUCCACCUCAGGGCGAGGCCAGUACCUGAAACGCAUUCGAUACCACGGCAGAGGUUACUUUGGGAUCAUGGAGAAGGUGUACUGCCAUUACUUUGUGAAGUUGGUGGAAGGCCCCCCUCCUCCCCGAGAGGCGCCAAAGACAGCGGUCGCCCACGCCCAAGAGUACGUUCAGGAGCUCCGGAACCGGACCAUCAUUCACACUCUGUGAUGGGGACUCCGCCUCCUCGGUGUAUAGAGCUUUCCCUUUAUUUCCUGAAAUCAAACAAUAAAGACAAAUGCUUUUUAUGA